UGUCGGAGAUUGACCAACUCAACGAGGCAAGCAUUGACUUAAAACAAAUGAAACCUGAAUAUUGUAAUGACGAUGAGAUCACCUUGGCUUUUUUGCUUUUUAUUGUUUACGUUUACAUCUACUACCAGGUGACCUUAAGCCCAAGACUCUCUCUUCAGAUUUUAUGAACAUUCCAUGUCAGUUUCUUCAACCUCUUGAUCAAGCUAACUUCUCAGCCUCAGAUCUGUAAAAAAUUGUACGAACUGAUUCUGUGAUUCUCAGAAUUGUACUGCACAUACAUAUAUUUCUUGUUUGCUGAAAGAUCUGAUAUAUAUGGACCCUGUGAGAAGGCAACGGGGAUUGAAGAGGAGUGUUGAAGCAGUAACAGUUGGAGUUGUUUUAGUUGGUCUGGUUUUAGCUUUUCUGGGCCUUAGACCCCAAAAGAUUCAAUCAAGUGGUUGUCACAUUCCGGCAAUCUAUAACUUUGGCGAUUCAAAUUCCGACACAGGAGGUCUAUCAGCUGUGUUUCAUCAGCUUCCUUCUCCCUAUGGCAAUACAUUCUUUGGCAAACCUUCGGGAAGAUUCUCCGAUGGGCGUCUCAUGAUCGAUUUCAUAGCUCAGAAGUUAGGUUUGCCGUAUUUGAGUGCGUAUCUUGAUUCUUUUGGAGCAAACUUCCAUCAUGGAGUAAAUUUUGCAACUGGAGGAUCUACAAUUAUGCCAAUAGAUGGAAGAUUGUUUGAAGGAAUAUUUAGUCCCAUUUCUCUGAACAUACAGUUUUCACAGUUUGUGCAGCUUAAAUCUCGUGUAAAUGAGGUUCUAAGUCAAGAUAAAAACUCAUAUGUCAGCGCCACCAUCCCAACACCAGAGGACUUCUCGAAGGCAUUGUACACCAUAGACAUAGGACAAAACGAUAUUCAUGCUGGACUAAGGUGGAAAACGUUAGAACAAGUCCUGGAAUCCAUUUCAGACAUGACUGCCAAGUUAGCUUUGACAAUAGAGCAACUAUACCAGCAAGGCAGUAGAAUAUUUUGGAUCCAUAACACAGGUCCACUCGGCUGCUUGCCUUUGUGUCUUGCACAUUCGCAGCCAGGAGACAGUGACCUGGAUCAGAAUGGCUGUUUGAAGACUUACAAUGAGGUGGCCCAAGAAUUUAACAGACUGCUCAAAGAGAGAGUGCUUGAUCUUAGAGCCAAGCUAUCGGAUGCAGUUCUUAUUUAUAUCGAUAUCUAUACAGCAAAAUACACACUCAUUAGUGAAGCAGAGAAGUAUGGUUUUAGUGAUCCUCUAGGCCAAUGCUGCGGAGGCCAAGGUGAUUCUCCUUUCCAUUGUGGGGUUAAUACUACUACUAGUGCCAAUGGCACUCAAGUAUUUGGUGGCUCCUGUAGCAAUCCUUCAAAGUACAUUAACUGGGAUAGUGUGCACUAUACAGAUGCUGCAAACGAAUGGAUAGCCAAACGAGUACUAGACGGCUCAUUCUCAGACCCUCCAGUUUCAAUCACUGAAGUGUGUCGAAAACCUCCACAACUUUGAUUCCUCCUGUGUUGUAUUUUGGCAUCAGAUUUAUGUUGUACAUGGAUUAAUGCACAUGCAUGAAUAAACGACCAUUUCUGACU